GGCGGUUCGGAGCCGGAAGUCAUGGAGGUCGUGCUGGAGGAUUCUGUCACCACCUGUCUCUCCCCCUCCGUGUACGACCUAAUCUGCAAGCUCGGGUUUGAAUGCACGGAGAGCUGCGACGUCGAGAGCAUUGUCACCGGGGACGGGGAGGUGCUCUGGGGGACAAUCGCAGAGUGCGUGGUCCCCGCAGGGUCAGCCCAGGGCCUGGAUUUCCGGGAAAGCGUGCGGCUGCUGGGGCCCGUGUGCGAGGCCGCGCACUCACACCUGUCGUCCCUGACCGAGGCGCAGUUUGCAGCGCGGUUCGCGCCCUGGCUGCAGUGGACACGCUCCCCGGAGUUGUUCCCAGAACUGCUGGGUGCCCUGCGGAGGCUGGAGGCUGCGGCCGCUUCUCUGAGCCUGAUGAAGCUGACGUCCUGCCUGGAGCGGGCCCUGGGGGACGUGUUUUUGCUGGUCGGGAAAGAGUGCCCCUUCCUUUUAAGAGACCUGCUUGCGUCCGAGGAGCUUGCUGAGGUCUUUGGGACGCCCGUGAUGAACGUGCUGAGGGUCUUCGUGGGCUCCCCGAGCGGCCUCAACCUGCGCAACGCCCUGUGGCACGGGUUCGCGUCGCCGCCGGAAGUGCCUCCGAAGUACUGUUCGAUGAUGGUGCUGCUGACCGCUGGGCUGGGUCAGCUACUGAAGACCUACCUUCAGCAGAGCGGACGCACGGUGGCCCCUCGGCCCCUCCUCACUCUUGCAGAGACAGAGGAUUUGCUUGUCUUCCCUGAUGUUACCGAUGAGGUGCUUUCCAUAUUGGAAGACUUGAUGAAGAAAUCCACUUUCAUAUUAAGAAUCCUGUUGCCGUACUGGGAAGUGGCAUUAAGCAAGUUCAAGGCCCACAGGUUUGCCGACUGUGCCAUGUUGGUACUGACGCAGCUGGAGGCCAGCCUUCGGAACGUGUUUGUGACAGUUAACAAGUGUCCAGAAAGACUGCUGACGGCCGAGUCCACAGCUCUUUACACGACCUUUGAUGACAUGUUGGCGAAGCACUUGAGCGACGGCACAGUCAAUCGGCUUCCCCUGCUCCUUGGAGAGCCUGCGAUGGAGUUUCUCUGGGAUUUCCUGAACCACCAGGAGGGCCCUCGCCUCCGAGACCGCCUGAGCCACGGGGAGGUGAGCCUGGCCGGCUUCCCGAGGGCCGUCGCGGGCCAGCUGCUGGCCUUCGCCCUGGUGCUGCUGCUGCGGUUCGCCGACGCAGAGGUCGUGGCCGAGUUGCAGGAGAAGGCAGCCGUGAAGGCGCUGGUCUGUCGCGCGGCGGGCUACAGCGCCCGCUUCCACCCCGCCGCCCUGCUCAGGAAACAGGUGCUGAGCUGUGAGAAGUGUGUCCGGAGUUGGCCUCUGCUGCCUUUGCCCGAAGGAGCCGGAGGGGAGGCCACCAGAUUGGAAGAUAAUUCUGAAAUAGAGGCCUGCGACUCUUUAAUUAUGAAAAUCACGCGUGAACUCUAUCGCCAUGUACCUGAGAAUCAUCGUGUUUUUGAUGACUUGGACAACGUUCCUGUUGAGAAGCGGCCCCGGCUGCUCCCCGAGCUCUGCAGCCUCCGCGUGCCCACCCUGUUCUGCCCGCGCGCCGUCCUGGAGGUGCUGUCCCUGCUCAGGAACGUCAGCGCCCGCUGCGCCCGCGUGGCCCUGCAGGUGGCCGCCACCCUGGAGCACAGGCAGCAGCAGUGGGCGGCGAGGACGCUGCGCUCCCGGCAGAGGGGGAACUUCCUGCGCAUGCUGAGCAGUGUCAAGCUUCUGUCCCCUGUGCUCUCCCUGCUCCUGCUGCUGAUCACACUGGAGCUGCUGAACGUCCACGCGGUUCACGGGAAGACCGCGCACGGGUACCGGCAGUACCUGAAGUUCUUGAAGUCGGUCCUGCAGUACACGGAGAACCUGGAGGUGCACAGUAGCCACCGGAAGAACCAGUGGGACAAGGCGGUCACACUCACGCACGCGGCCCUGCAGAAGAUCUGCAGCUUCAGCGAGAAGAAACAGAUGUUGAUUCAUUUAGCCACGAAGUCCCAGUAAAGGGUCCCGGGAAAGCACCGGCCUGGGUCCCGUCCGGGCGGGGCCUCGGCGCUGCGCCCGCGGAGGUGCAGAGGCGGGCAGUUCCCGGGACACUCGGUCCCUGCGGGACGCCGCGUCCCCCUCGGUCCGCGCACCAGGCGACGCUUUUGAGCUCGUCGCCCCUGGACAACGUGAGGCCUGGCCUCUUUCACUGCCAAGGCACUGACCGGUCCCUCGCAGCCGCUGCGUGGGAAGUGACUGUGAGCGCCUCGCGCGCCUUUCUUCCCCCUUAGCUCCCGUCGACGGUCGCACCUGAACUGGGGUGGUGCGUGUAAGAUGAGAAGUGAGCGGCCAUAAACGCCUCACCUUGAAGUGGGGGGGCGGGGGCGUCACCGCACCG